AUGAGGCGAUUGGCAAUCGUUUUCGGCGUAGCAGUUGGUUUUUAUCUUCCAGGCUUGGCGCCAGUUUCGUUUUGUAGAAAGGGCGAGGAAGAAGAAGGAUGCAAGUCGCAAAUCGAGCUCUUUGUGAAUCGUCUCACAUCGUCCGAAUCCGUCAUUCCAUUCGAAUACUCCGCUUUUGAUUUCUGCACAGCUUCAAAGGACAAAAAGUCGCCAUCAGAAAAUCUCGGUCAAGUUCUCUUCGGAGAGCGAAUCCGACCAAGUCCAUAUAACAUCGUGUUUGGAGAAGAAAAACAGUGCGAAGUCCUCUGCGAGAAGAACUACAAGGCAGAUGAUGACAAGAUCAAAUUCCUCAAGCACGGAAUGAUGUUCAGCUACGAACAGCACUGGAUCAUUGACAACAUGCCUGUUACUUGGUGCUACGAUACAGAAGGGCAAAACAGAUUUUGCACACCUGGCUUCCCAAUGGGUUGCUAUGUCACGCAAAAGGGCGAGAAGAAAGAUGCAUGCAUUAUUUCCGAGCAUUACAAUCAGGCCUCCACAUUCUACUUAUUCAACCAUGUCGACAUUACUAUUUAUUACCACUCCGGAGAAGUCGGCGGCUUCCUUGGUUCUCGUCUUGUCCAAGCUCGAGUCGUUCCCCAUUCUUAUGAUCACUCUGACGGUGUCAACUGCGACCCUGCAUCUGCCAAGCCAGCUGCUAUUCCUGGAAAAGUCAAUUCCGACAUCAACAUCAAAUAUACCUAUUCCAUCACUUUCCAGGAAAACAACCAGGUAAAAUGGGCGUCUCGAUGGGACUACAUCCUAGACUCCAUGCCUCACACGAAUAUUCAAUGGUUCUCAAUUAUGAAUUCGCUCGUCAUCGUUAUCUUCUUAUCUGGCAUGGUCGCUAUGGUCACUGUCCGAUCGCUCAGAAAAGACAUCGCGCGAUACAACGCUGCGGAAAACUCAGAAGAAGCACAGGAAGAAUUCGGAUGGAAGCUUGUACACGGUGACGUUUUCCGACCGCCCAAGGCUGGUAUGCUUUUGUCUGUUCUUGCUGGCGUUGGCCUACAGGUGUUUAUUAUGGUUUUCAUCGUGUUAUUCAUCGCUUGUCUUGGAUUCCUCUCGCCUGCUAACCGCGGUGCAUUUGGCACAACCGCGGUGGUCGUGUUCAUCCUCCUCGGAUCGCCGGCUGGCUACACCUCUGCGCGCAUUUACAAGUCAUUCGGAGGCGAGAAAUGGAAAACAAAUGUGCUCAUGACCGCUUUCCUCGUUUCCGGCGUCGUGUUUGGCAUUUUCUUCGUGAUGAACUUGAUUCUUUGGGGAGAAGGAUCUUCCGCCGCUGUUCCUUUCACAACAAUUUUGGCGAUUAUGUUCCUCUGGGUUGGAAUUACAACACCGAUGUGUUUCCUUGGAGCUUACUAUGGUUACAAAAAGAGGCCGAUCGAGCACCCAGUCCGAACUAAUCCGAUUCCACGACACGUUCCGGAGCAAGUUUUCUACACUCGACCUAUUCCUGGCGUUGUUAUGGGCGGCAUCUUGCCAUUUGGAUGCAUCUUCAUCCAGCUGUUUUUCAUCCUCAACUCGCUCUGGUCUCAUCAGAUCUACUAUAUGUUCGGUUUCCUUCUCCUCGUUGCAAUUAUUUUGAUCGUCACUUGUUCCGAAACCACAAUUCUUCUGUGUUAUUUCCACCUUGCUGCAGAGGAUUACAACUGGUGGUGGAGAAGUUUUAUGACCUCGGGCUUCACCGCGUUCUACUUUUUCAUCUACGCCGCUCAUUACUACUCCUCAAAGCUUACUCUUGACAAAUUCGCCUCGGUGAUUUUAUACUUUGGUUACACGAGUAUUAUGACCUUGUUCGUCUUCCUCUUCACCGGUUCAAUCGGUUUCUUCGCAUGUUACUGGUUCGUGCGAAAGAUCUACGGCGCCGUCAAAGUGGACUAA